AACUGAUAGUAAAAACCCAAAAUAGCCUUUCAAAGUGUGUUUCUGAAAGAAGAAAUAAGCGGACCAGAAUAAUAUAACCCUCACUUUAAAGAAAAAAAAAAGAAAAAGGGGGAAAAAACCCCUUUGUGAUCGAAAGCUCUUCAGCAGAAAUACCGCCCACAAUGAUCCAGGCCGUUCUCACUGAAGACCCUCGACCUUUUCAGUCAGUGAGAUGGAGCGAGCAAGAGUAACACUCUUCAUCAUACUUGUGUGUGUUUUGUUCUGUGAACACCAGAGAGUGUUUGGGACAGAAGUGGAUGUGAGAGUUAAAGCAGGAGACAACAUCACUCUCUCCGGUGACUGUGUCAUUCCUCUUGGAUCAAAUAUUAUUUGGUUGAGAAACUGCUCACAUGAGCAUCAACCAUCUUUGUUAAUAGAGAUUAAAAACCUGUUCCGGGGGACAUUUCCACGUUUCAGUUUUGUGCCCAACAGCUCUAGUAACUCCUAUGAUCUACAUAUAGAGAAUGUCAGUGUCUCUGAUGAGGGAAUAUAUUACUGUGCGAAAAGAAAAACAGAAGUAACUGAAGACGUACACGGCAUCAAGGCAAAUUAUGAGUUUGAGUAUGGAGACAAGAUAACACGUUUAUCUGUCUUGGAGUCAGUGUCUCCUCCGGCAGAGCAGUUCAACAUCACCUCCACUCCUCCUGUGUUAGACUGUAUGCUCUGCUUCAAGCUGCUGUUCGGUGUGUGUCCUGCAUGUAUUCUCCUCUUCUCUCUCCUCUCGUCCAUUGCUGUGUACUGCCUCUGUCCGAGGAAAACUACAGGUUCUGGUGCUGAAUCACAGACUCCGAACAGACAUGAUGAGGGUGGUGAUGAAGUAUGUUAUGCUUCAUUGGACAUGCCUUCCAUAUGUCAAAAAAAGAUGAAGGAAAAAAGAGUUCAGAGUUCAAACUUUAGCGCUUAUUCUGAGGUCAUUUACAAAAAAGUGCAGACUUAAAAAUAAAUGUUCUUUCAAAAUGCAUUAACUAAUAUUAACACUGAGCAGUACAUUUUUACAGCAUUUACUUGCCUUUAAUGUUAGUUAAUAAAGAUGUUCACACUCUUACAGAUACAACU